AUGGAGUUCAGUCCGUGUCCGAAGCCGCAGCUCUCCUCCAGAGCCAACGCUUUCUCCAUCGCGGCCCUCAUCUCCUCCAGCAGCACGGCCAAGGACAAGGAGAGCGAGGAGAACACCAUCAAACCCCUGGAGCAGUUCGUGGAGAAGUCUCGGUGUGCGGAGCGCGGCGCUGUGGCUGUGGGCGGGGCUGUGGGAGGGGGUGUGGCUGUGGGUGUGGAGGCGGAAGCGGAAGUGGAGGUGAGCACGGAGCCCCUGAUCCCCUGCAGUCCCGCGGUACCGAGUGAACACAUGGCCAACAUCAGCUGCAGCCUCGAGACCAAAGACCUGUGGGACAAAUUCCACGAGCUCGGAACCGAGAUGAUCAUCACCAAGUCGGGCAGGAGGAUGUUCCCCACUAUCCGUGUGUCUUUCUCAGGCGUGGACCCGGACUGUAAGUACAUUGUGCUGAUGGACAUUGUUCCAGUGGACAAUAAGAGAUACCGAUACGCCUAUCACCGCUCCUCCUGGCUCGUGGCAGGGAAAGCUGAUCCUCCCUUGCCUGCCAGGCUGUAUGUCCAUCCCGACUCACCGUUCACUGGGGAUCAGCUGCUCAAACAGAUGGUGUCCUUUGAGAAAGUGAAGCUCACCAACAACGAACUGGAUCAACAUGGACACAUCAUCCUGAACUCGAUGCAUAAAUAUCAACCUCGUGUUCACAUCAUUAAAAAGAAGGAACACACAGCGUCGCUGCUCAACCUCAAAUCUGAGGAGUUCCGGACCUUCAUCUUCACCGAGACCGUGUUCACCGCUGUCACUGCGUACCAGAACCAACUGAUCACUAAGCUGAAGAUCGACAGCAACCCGUUUGCUAAAGGCUUCAGAGACUCGUCCAGACUCACAGACAUCGAGAGGGAAAGUGUGGAGAGUUUGAUCCAUAAACACUCGUACGCUCGCUCACCCAUACGGACGUACACCGGAGAGGAGGAGACAAUCGGAGAGGACACACACACCACACACACACGUGGUUCUGCUUUCACAGCGUCUGAUAACCUUUCCUUGAGCUCGUGGGUUUCAGGCUCCUCGGGUUUUUCAGGGUUCCAGCCCCCUCAGUCCCUGGCACACCCUAUCCAAGGCUCUUUGCCCACCUAUGGCAGACUGGCUGUCCCCUUGGCCCCACCCACUCUGACUGGCACCAGUGGGCCGAGCUUCCCUUCCUUCCACAUGCCGCGUUACCAUCACUACUUCCAGCAGGGUCCAUACGCUGCCAUCCAGAGCCUGCGCCACUCCUCCACCGUCAUGACACCCUUCGUUUGAGUGCCACUGUCUACAGGGGGCGCCAUGCAGAAAACACACACACAGUCUGCAUGUUGUAACUCCUUAUCUGCUUUAUGUUAGAGGAAAAAAAACCUUAAGUGGGUGCUGUGAGCAUGUAAACACACACACAGACACACACACACACUUACUUUCAAGAUGUUUAUUUAUCUCCUUCACAUGUGAGGCAGGGUCCAUACGCCGCCAUCCAGAGCCUGCUCAAGGUGUAAAUAACAUGAUCAUUACUGUAAAGACACUGCUGCUGAGAAAUAAACACAACUGUAAAAUCCAA